AUGAGUGACUCACCGAAUUCGGAGCCAAAAACUCACUCCGAAACUGUCGACCACAGUAGUGACCCGCCUACCUAUGUUGAUGACGGCUCAUCCCAUAACUCGUUUAUCGCGCGCUUCCUGGAUGGCUUCCGUUACGAUCCAAAUGCCCGGAUCUCGAGUGAGAAAGAGACGGGAGGUUCCCAGGACAAGGCUUAUAAUUUGGAGGCGGCUGUUUCUAAUACUGCAUCUUCGCCUUUACAGCGAAAAUUGAAAGGCAGGCAUUUGCAGAUGAUAGCUAUUGGUGGCUCAAUUGGAACUGGAUUGUUUGUUGGUUCCGGAAAAGCUCUUGCAGAUGGUGGUCCUGCGUCUGUUCUGAUGGCUUUCAUCCUCGUAGGGGUGAUGUUAUACUCCACUGUUCACGCCUUGGGUGAAAUGGCUGUGCUUUUCCCGGUUGCUGGGUCUUUCUCCGCAUUUUCGACCCGCUUUAUCGACCCUGCUUGGGGAUUCGCCAUGGGUUGGAACUAUGGCUUACAGUGGAUCAUCGUUCUCCCGCUGGAAAUUGUCGCAGCUGCUAUAACUGUUGGCUACUGGGGCUCUCCUAUUUCACCAGCAGUCUGGGUCACUAUAUUUUACGUGCUGAUCGUAUCCAUCAAUUUGUUUGGUGUUCGUGGCUAUGGAGAAGCAGAGUUUGUUUUCUCCUUAAUUAAGAUUAUCGCAAUUGUCGGCUUUAUCAUAUUGGGGAUUGUUCUAGAUGUAGGUGGCGGCCCCAAUAGUGAAUAUAUUGGGGGAAGGUAUUGGCAUCGCCCCGGAGCGUUUCACAAUGGAUUCAAAGGCCUCUGUACUGUCUUUGUUACGGCUGCUUUCGCCUUUGCUGGAACAGAGAUGGUGGGUUUGGCUGCAGCAGAAACCGCCAACCCUCGAAGAACAAUACCGACUGCCGUUAAACAGGUCUUCUGGAGGAUAACCUUGUUUUAUAUCGUAUCCUUGACGCUAGUCGGCCUUCUAGUCCCAUAUGAUGAAGUAAGAUUGGUGACUGGCGAAUCAAGCGCCGAUGCCAAUGCCUCUCCCUUUGUGAUUGCUAUCAAAAAUGCCGGGAUCGAAGGACUUGAUUCGGUAAUGAACGUUGUUAUCUUGAUUGCGGUGCUGUCGGUUGGAAACUCCUCUAUCUACGGGUCUUCGCGUACCCUCGCCGCCCUAGCUGAGCAGGAUCAGGCUCCUCGCGUCCUUACCUAUAUCGACCGUCGAGGGCGCCCACUCGUUGCGAUUGGUAUCUCCUCUGCUAUCGGCUUACUUGGCUACCUAGCGGUCGCAAAGGAGCAGCAAGGUACGGUAUUCUCAUGGAUGCUUGCGAUCUCUGCAUUAUCCUCCAUUUUUACCUGGGCGUCUGUUUGUUUCGCCCAUAUACGAUUUCGACGUGGUUGGCAAGUCCAGGGACGCAGUUUGGACGAUCUGCCCUACCGCUCUCAGGCAGGUGUUACAGGAUCAUGGAUAGGACUAAUCCUCAAUGUUCUUGUCCUUGUCGCACAAUUAUGGGUCGCCAUUGCCCCCGUAGGCUUCCGUGAAAUGACUGUGAAAAAACGAGUCGAAACCGUGUUUGAACUGUGCAUCGCCGUGCCAAUAAUUCUUUCCUUCUUUAUUCCAUACAAGUUAUGGUAUCGCACAAAAAUGGUACAAGCCAAGGACAUGAAUCUUGACACUGGGCGCCGUGAUCUCGAUAUUACGAAUUUAAUCGCAGAAGAGCGUGCUGAGCGUACUCGAUGGCCAAUGUGGAAAAAGGUCUACAAAGUGAUUUGCUAA